AUGACAGAUAUCUUUUUCGGAACAACUACAACUCUCAACAGGUUUUCAUUCCUUCGAGCCAACGAUGAUUUUAUCUCCAGAACCAUUGUCGAUCCCCUUUCCCCUACACGUUUAGUAUUUUACAAACAGGAUGGCAAAAAUGGGGUUCAUCCUUAUAUGAUUCAAAGAAGUGGCAAGUAUGGCUUGCUUAACUUGCAGUUGAAUACUCUUCCUUCACAUCUGGUUCAGAUUUUUCAUGACUGGAGUGCCAAAAAUUCAAAGAAAACGAUCGAUCUGAGAAACGAUGUUACGUUGGUCUUCUUGGGUCUCGAUGAAGACGGAUUGGACGAAAAAUACCUAUUCAACGAGAACUCUUUGACCAGCUCAUUCAUAUACCCAAAUUCUUACAAGCUGAAAGAUUAUCCUCAAUUCAAGUACGACAAAUUCCAGGGGACUCCUUACUAUGCAGUUGAUGUCACACACUGUCAGCAACUCCAAAAUUAUCUGUCAUCGUUUGAAGACGUGGAUAUUGUGAACAGCAUGAUGAGCAUUUUAGCGGUGUCCAAAAAUGAGUCGUCUUUGUUUGCAUACUCUAAGAUGUAUAUGGAUUGGCUUAUGAGAAAUAGAUUCUGCCCUGGCUGUGGACAGAAAGUAAUUCCAGUGGACUCUGGAACAAGACUCUUAUGUCAAACACCCAAAAAUGAAUGCCCUGUGAAAAGUUCUGCUGUGAGUAACGUUUGCUUCCCUCGUACAGAUCCAGUCAUUAUCGUGGGUGCUGUCUCCUCUGACGGGAAGAAAAUUCUUUUGGGGAACAACCAAAGACAUCCUGCUGGUCCAAACGGGAAGAGAAUGUUCUCUUGUAUCGCUGGGUUUAUGGAACCGGGUGAAACUAUAGAAGAGUCCACACUUAGAGAAAUUUGGGAAGAGACUGGAUGUUCUGCGCGGGAGGUCAAGAUAGUUGCAAGUCAACCUUGGCCGUUCCCUGCAAAUCUUAUGAUUGGUUGUUUCGGAGUUGUUCAUUUUGACGGAGUCAAUGAACUGAUUAACACAGAGCUGGAUAAUGAAUUGGCCGAUUGUAGGUGGUUUGAUGCUGACGAGAUCAAGACCCUUUUGAAUGGCGGAGACCUUGAGGACGUUUCUCUUCCAAUGGAAGGAAGUAUCGCAUACGAACUUAUUAAGAGCCUUGCUCUUGGUAAAUACUAG